CUCUUACCACAGCUAAUAGUGGUGCUGCCAGGACUGAGGAUUGAAGAAUGGACGAUAGCAUGAAGCAAUUCCAGAAAAUCUUAAUUGAGCACGAGACUCAAGCUGAGCAACUCUUUCUAGCUAAACACCAGCUGGUUGAAAAUGAUAGGGUGAGGAACGGGAACAGAGAAGCGCUUACAUCUUUGAGGAAGAUAGCUCGAACAACAAAAACUAGUGUUCCAUCUCCUUUUGAGUCGAUGAUGAAGGAGAUUGGGGGAGCUCAAUCAAGACCCCUGGUGAAGGAGGUAUGCCCCACCUGUGGCAACCAUGACUCAAAUGAGCGCACAUGGAUGAUGUUCCCUGGAACUGAUGUCUUUGCUAGGAUUCCAUUUCAUGCUGCCCAUACCAUCUUGGAGAAAGAUCAAGAACAGCUCGACUUUGAUUCCAGAAGGCUACAAAGCACUAUGAAGGAGAAAUCUCUUGUGCUUUCAGAAACAGGUGCCCUUGCUGACAAGAUCUGUCCUGGUGUGCUGAAAUCCUUGGUAACCCUGACAGACAAACCUAAGUGAGUUCGCUCAGCUUGAUGCAAUAAUAUUCACUUUCAGUUUACCCUCAUCCACUCCAAUUGCACCACGAAAGGAACAAAAAACUCCUCCUCAACAGCAUGAGUUGCACAGCUUGUGUAGAUUAAUGUUGUAAUUUUUCAAGUCUUUGCUAAUCCUACUGCACCUAAUGUCAGCAUUCACCAUAGAUUAUAACGGAAAUGGUAGAUACUGUCAUGUACUUGGCAUAUGUGGCGGUUUGAAAGCUUUGCGUACCUCAAUUGAGUUUUGACGCUUUGGCAUUGGAAUAUUAGAUGUUAUGUCCGGUUCGCCACUUAGAUAUCAAUGAAAACUCCAUGGUUCCCAAAUAGCACUGGAGUUCAUAUGCAUGUUUUUCAUGAUUGAUGCACAAUAGUAUUGUGCAUCCUGUUAUCUUUUGGGGUUGUUUGUCCUCUGAGUGAUAAGUUCACUAUCCCCCUCACCAAGAAAGAUUGGUGUCCAGGUUAGGGGAAGUGUCAGGUUAGGGGACCAUUUUGUUUCUUGAUUUUCCAGGGACCAUUUGGUCCAUUUUGCUUCAUAUAUGUUCAUUGGCUUUGUGGAAGUUUCGUGGGCACUGUCAUAGUAUUGAA